GGAAAAAUAAGAAAAAGACCUUGUGAUAUGCAACAUGGUUUUCUUUUCAUAUCCAUAGCAUUAUUUUACUCAUGGCCAGGAUUGACUAGAGAAAGUGCCACUUUGCAGAAAUGGCGCUAGCAGCACUUGCUUCUUGUUCUUUUUCUAUAACAACGUUUCAUCCCUACUACCCAUCAAAUCCUUCACACUCCCGUUCACCCUCAACAUUUUCCCCUCAUCUUCAAACUCAAUCCUCCUUUUCCUUCCUCGCCAAAUCACCACCACCAAACAACCACUUUUUCCGUUUUCAUUUUCGACCCUCCAUCCUUUGCCGCUGUAGUAGUUACUCCCCCAAUGUCAAUACGUAUAUCGGUACACUUGUCUCUUUAUUUGAAGAAAUCGGUAUUAGUUUCAAGCAAACAGAAUUGCUCUUACUCAAUGCCCCUGAACUUAACUCUAUUCCAUUGGAUUCAUUGCGUGAUCGCGUUUUUUCAUUAUAUUCUCUCGGGUUAGAUCGUGUUUCCAUCAAUCACUUAGUUACUGAACGUUUAACUGUCCUAACUGCUAAUGAAAUUGACCCAUUGUUGAGUUUUUUGAGAAAUGAAUUACAAGGACAACUUGAGAAAUCGAAGCUGAAGCGGCUUUUAUUAGCUAAUGAAACGAAAAAUUUAUCUGGGUUUCCUCAGAAGGUUCGAUUGCUUGUUGAUAGUGGAAUUCCUGUUGAUAAGAUUGUACAUGUGCUCAACAAAGUGAAUUUGUCGAAGGCGAUUUGUCAUAGGUCAAUAGAUGAAAUUGAAAGAAUUAUAGAUUUCUUAAAACCCUUUGGUGGUAUUCAUUUGAUUGUGAAGCAUCCUGUAAUUCUCAAUUGUGAUUUGCAUAAUCAGCUUAUUCCUAGAAUUAGAGUUCUUACUGCGUUAAGUGGUGGAGAUGAGGAUAGUAUUGGGAAAGUGCUGAAUAGGUUUCCUAUUAUCUUGAAUUAUAGUGUGGAACAUCUUGAGGAACAUAUAAAGUUUCUGAGGUGUUUUGCAGACCUUGAUGAUCAACAAAUAUUUAAGAUAGUGUUGGUGUUUCCGGCUAUCUUUACCAGUAGCAGAGAGAGGAAACUGCGUCCUAGAAUACAAUUUCUCAAGGAAUGUGGGUUAGACGCUGACGAAAUCUUCAAGUUAUUGACCAAAGCAGCGUUGUUUUUGAGCAUUUCGUUCCGUUCGAACCUUGCGUAUAAGCUUGGGGUUUUGGUCAAGAUUGGGUAUAAAUAUAGGACGAAGGAGUUAGCAGUGGCGAUUGCAGCUUCUACUAGAAUAAGCUGUGAGAAUAUGCAGAAGAUGGUUAGCCUAUUCUUGAAUUAUGGGUUUUCAUUAGAAGACAUUUUUGCUAUGAGCAAGAAGCAUCCUCAGAUACUGCAGUAUCAUCAUGCCUCUCUAGAGAAGAAGAUGGAUUACAUGAUAGAGGAGAUGAAUCGUGACAUUCAAGAGUUGCUGGAUUUUCCUGCAUAUCUUGGAUACAAGCUUGAUGACAGAAUUAAGCAUAGGUAUGAAAUAAAGAAGGAUUUAAGGGGGGAACAAAUGUCUAUCAAUAAGCUUUUAACUGUUUCAAGUGAGAACUUCACUGGCAAACGAAAAAAGGUUUCUUCUGUAAAAUCUGAAUUGAAAUAAAGGUGAACAGCUUAACCCUGUUUCCCUUUUCCUUGUACAUUAGUUUUGCUGCCCCUAGUUAUUUUGUUUAUUCCCUAUGUUUCAAGGACUUUAAUCCCAAGAAAAGUUAGUGCCAA